AGAUUUGAUAUUGACAGCAUCAUUUAGGAGCCUGGACGGCUUAUACAAGCUUUCGUGAUGUCGAAGAAAUCGGGGCGACCAUUGCCCCGUACACCAAGAGAUUAUAACGAAAACGAUAAUGCUAAAAAGAUGGUAGUUAGAAAAUUACCAAGAGGUGUUUCCGUGGAUACUUUAGAACUUUAUUUUGAAAGCAAGAAACACCAUGAGCGUGCAAUGGUAGUGAAAAAUGUUGAUCUAGAUAUUGCCAACGACGAGGCUAUAAUAACAUUUGAUUCUGCUUCAGAUGUUGAGUAUGUUCUGAAAAGGCAGAGGAGUCAUCCUUGUACACUAAACAAGCAGACGUUAGUAGUUGAGCCUCUAGAGGAAACAGCAGACGAUACCGUAGAUGCUUGUGCCAGCCAAAGAGGGUCACAAAAUUAUUCGGACAUGUAUGAGUACAGUAGCGCACGUCGUGAUGACGAAACAGACACUAUUGAGGUUCGCAAGUUUUCCAAGGACUGUAGUGAAGACACCUUGCAGUUUUACUUUGAGAAUAAGAGACGUUCUGGAGGCGGGGAAAUAGUAUCUUUCAGUAUGCAAAGAGAUAAAGGCUACGCGCACAUAACAUUCAAAGAAAUGUCAGUUGCGAAGCGAGUGUUGGAACAGAAGCACGUUGUAGAGCACUGUGAGCUUACUGUCGUUCCUUUCAUUAUAAGUAAAACUGAACUGCUGCUUGACGAAGUGCCAGAUACCGUUACAGAAGAAAAUAUCUCAAAUUUUGUAGAAGCAAAGUUAAAAGUUCAAGUUGUUUCUGCUGUGUUCAGUCAAGACGGGUGUAAAUGUUUAGUGCAGUGUUCGGAAAGAUUUGAUUUCAGUAAGGCUAAAGAAGUUUGUAAGAAGUUCAAAGUUGGAGGAGUGCAUGUUAUCCCCAGUCAGAUACCAGUUUCAACAGGAGUUAUUGUCACCAAUAUUCCGGAAGAUAUUACACACGAUGGUGUAGAAGUGUACUUCGAAAAUACACGGCGGAGUCAAGGAGGAGAAACACAGAAUGUUGAGAUCAAGGCCGAAGAUGGAUACUGUCUUGUCUUCUUUAAAGAUGCAAAUGUUGUUGGUCGUGUCUGCCAAAAGAAGGACCAUAAACUCCAUGGUCGGCAUGUUGACGUAAAGCCAUAUAAUGAAUAUUUGGGUCUGCCCCUAGGCCAAGAAAGCCUUGCAUUCAGACUACCAGAACCGUUGUCACUGAAAGACGAAGAUCCGCACAAAAUCAAAUUUCUAAAAACCAAUGACUCUCAAAGGUCAACGCUUGAACGAGAAUUGGCAAAAUGCAAAGCGCAGAUUUUCUGGGACGAUGAUCCUGUUAGUAUAGAAUGUACCUUUACAAAAGAUGACAAGCCGAAACGACAGAUAUUGCAGUCUUGGUCUGAAACUGCUCUGCAGCGUGUGAAGCACUUUACAGAUGUUCUUGUUGUUAAUAAGAAAGUGGUUGAUAUGGGCAUCUGGUCCGAGAUUCGCAGAGAACUUGGAGGAUUACACCUAACACACCCUGAUGGUGUAGCACUUAUCACGGAGAAGGAAAAUGAACAGAUUAUUCUUGUCGCUCACAAAGCAAUGGCUGAUUCUGUAUGGCAGGACGUUGUUGGUGCAAUUGCGACAGCUGAAAAGAAAGAAAAAGAGAAAAAAGAAACUACUACAGAAGAAAGAGAGCUGACUGAAUGGAAAAUCGCUUAUUUGAAAGGUGCUGAUUUUGCAAAUGAUAUGCACGAUACGCAUAAGAAUGUGAAGUUGAGGUUUGAGGAAAGAAAGGGAAAAGGAAAGCUCUUCGUAACGGGACCUAAACAGAUUGUUGCUAAUGUUUGGAUAGCAAUGUAUGAAUCAAUAGAAAAUGUUAAACAAAGAGAGAUUGAACUUGAUAAAGAAGAAAUAGAGCUUCUACAAAACGAAGCCACAAUAGAGAAAGUUAAGCAAAAAAUGAAGAAUAAACGCGUGUCAGAUGUCUGGGAAAUUAAACGCGGAUGUGUGGUGUUGUAUGCGGAUGAAGAUGAUGAUCUAUCUAAAAUGGAAAAUGCCAUUAGCAAAACAUUAGCAAAACUUACUAUUCCGCUUGAUUCUGGAAAAGAAAGUGUUUUGAAAUCAGAAAAAUGGAAGGCAACAAAAAAGUCACUUAGAGACAAAUUUUCUGGCUGUGUGGUUAUAAGCGUUCAUGAUAGUCAGUUGGACAUAUUUACUCUUGCGGACAUACAGGACAAAGUGUCUGACGAACUGCAGAGUUUUCUUGACAAAAAUGCAUCGUACAAGGAGCAAAUGUCUCUUACACCUCAUGUAGUUUCAUUUUUCCAACAUGUUAUCAAGACCAAAUACGACCAAGAGAUACAAGCUCUUAGAAACAAGGGACUAAACAUCAAAAUGUCUCUAAACGAAAAAAGUGGAGCCGUUUCUUUGGAAGGAACGUCCGAUGGUAUUAACGAAGCUAAACGAGUGAUUAAGCGUCUGCAAGAUAAGAUUGAGAUAAAACAACACACAAUCAAGCAUCCAAAAGUGAAGAAAUAUAUAGAUUGUAGCCAUGGAAAGGAAUGUGUAAAAAAAGUACAAAACAACACGCCUUGUGUUAUUGAUAUGCAGGGAUCAGGGUUCAAAAGAAGCAUUCACAACCGCCAGUCAUCAACAAUGGCAAAGUUUGACAAACCUACAAAUUGCGCCGAAGCUGUUCUUAAAUCUGGUGUUAAAAUACUUGUGGUAGGCGGCGACAUUACCGAGUUGCAAGUAGAUGUCCUAGUUAAUGCUGCAAACAGUGAAAUGAAGCAUGCUGGAGGGUUAGCAGCUGUUAUUGUCAAUAAAGGUGGCCGUGCGAUUCAAACUGAAUGUGAUGAUCGGAUAAGAAAAAAAGGGUCAUUGUCUGAAGGAGAUGUUUUCAUGAGCGGUAGUGGAAACUUGAACUGCAAGUUUGUCGCUCAUGCUGUCGGUCCCCAUUGGAGAGGAGGUGGUAAUGAGGAAGAGAUGUGUUUACAGAAAGCAGUAUUCGCUUGUAUAGAAAAGACAGAGAAAAGAAAUUUGAAGUCAAUAGCUAUGCCUGCUUUGAGUGCUGGCAUGUUUCAGUAUCCUGUAAAUAUGUCCUGUAUGGGAAUUGUUAAAGCGAUUGAUCAGCAUUUUCAGGGCACUCGUUCAAGUAUAAAGGAAGUGUAUUUAUGUGACAUCAGCCAGGGAACAGUAAAUGCUUUCACAAAUGCCUUACAAGUCGUUAUUCCAAACACUAAAGUUCAAGUGGACCUCAGCCAGGGAGAUGGACCGAAACCUAAAUGGAUUAUUCACAACGAUGACGACAAUGCAGGGAAACAAUCGGGAUCCGGCGGAAAUAUUACUAUUGAAGUUGUGAAAGGAGAACUUGCAAAAGAACGUGUCGAUGUGAUUGUAAAUUCGACAUCACCUGACUUACAGUUACAAAGAGGGGCUUUGUCGAAUGCACUUUUAAAAGCAGGCGGAAGCAAGAUUCAACAAGAAUGUAAUCAGAAGUACCAGGAUGGCAUUGAAGUUGGAGAUGUAGCAGUAACCACGGCUGGCAAAUUAAAAUGCUCAAAGAUAUACCACAUUACUAUGAAACAUUUCGACCACAGAAAUCCUCGUGUAUGCUUAAAGGGACUAAACGAAUGUGUGACUGCAUGCCUUCAGGACGCCGAUCAAAAUGGCUGCAAAUCAAUAUCCUUCCCUGCCAUGGGAACAGGUGCCCAGAAGUACCCAAAAGACAAGGUUGCUAAAGAAAUGUUUAAAGCAGUUUCCACUUUCGGCAGUAAAAAUUCGUCAACAGCCAUAAGAAACGUUAGAUUUGUUAUUUACACAGAGGAUGAUGAAACGUUUGAGGAGUUUGUUACAGAAGAGAAGAACUGGAAAGGUGGAAAUUCCCAUCAGAGUCGGCCGUCGACUGGACGAAAACAUUUGAAAUCAGGUGUUGGGAAGCUAGUUAAGGAAUCGCGAGGCCAUGCAGAAUUUCAAAUAGGCAAUUUAAAGGUAGAAAUUCAUGGGGGUGACAUCACUGAGGACUCUUCUGAAGCAAUUGUAGCUAGUUGUAAUAUGGAACUGGACCUUAGCAAAGGUGCCGUUACAAAGGCAAUUUUGAAAAAGGGAGGCGAUGCCAUAGAACAGGACUGCCAGCAACAAAAAUCCACAAUGAAAAAGGAAGGCAUUGCUAUAACUACGGCAGGACAGCUUAAAGCCAAAUACAUUAUCCACGUGGACACUAAAUACAAAACAUGGGAAUGGCCGCCUGUUGUUUUGGCAUGCCUAAGAAAAGCAGAGAAGCACAAAAUUUCAAGUGUCGCCUUUCCAGCAUUAGGAACAAGUGUUGGUUGCAAACCCGAAGACAUUGCUGAAGUCAUGUGUUCAGCUAUGGGUGACUUCCAUCAAGACAACCCUAAACAUCUACAGAAGAUUGGACUAAUCAUCUUUCAGAAAGACAUGUUGACAGAUUUUAUAACAGGAAUGAAAAGAUCAGUUACGGGUCGUCCCCAAAGCGGAGAGAGAAGUUCAGGAGACAGGCAGCAAGCUCAUAGUCGGCAUUCCCGUCACCAGCACCAUAAACAGUUUCGUCAGGAAGAAGCACACGAUACUUCAGAAGACUCUUGUACUAUCACUAUAUAUGCCGAAGGCAAAGAUAAAAUAGAUAGGGCAAUAAAAAGCUUCGAGCAGACAGUUGAAAAGGAAUGGAUUGUUAAAAAGCUUGAAGACCAGGGAAUUCAUAGACUUAAUUUCAACCAUAUAAAGGAAGUUAAAGCCAUGGCAAGAAACAAUCACGUUGACGUGACUGUAGACACAGAUCUCGGAAACAUAGUGGUAAUUGGGCUUGUUGCAAAUGUUCUCGAAGUUUUUGAUGCUAUACAUAGCCAGUUACGGUCUGCAGAUAAAUCGUUUUACAUGAAAGAUCAAGCCAAGUUAAUGUCUAACAUCGUUAAAUGGAUUUAUCUUAAAGACCAGAAAGAGAUAGCAUUUCCUGAUCGUAUAAAUCUAGAAAUAGAAACUGCAUACAAGCAAAAACAAAAGCAAGUGAAGGUCAAGGACAGGUCAGGUGGCGAAUAUGAGAUUGACUUCGGAAAUAUGACGGAGCACGACGUCAAACAGCCAAAUACUAAAUUUCCUGUGAUAAGAAGAGAUCUCGUUGCGGGUGCUAGUUUUGAUAUUCCGAAGAAUUGGCAAGCAAUGAAAGAUAAAGAAAACUUGAAACUUGUGACUUUGAAUCAAGCAGAUUCUGAGUACAGUAAAGUGGUAUCCGAGUUUAAAAGUACGUUAGGAAGGCAGCCAAACAUCGUGAAGAUUGAAAGAAUCCAGAAUAAAACUUUAUAUACACAAUACGCAGCCAAGCGUAAAGAGAUGAACGUGAAUAACCCUAACAAGAAAGAUAAUGAAAAGAUGCUGUGGCAUGGAACUGCUGAUUAUGCCGUACAAAGUAUCAAUUCACAUGGUUUCAACAGGAGUUACUGUGGAAAGAAUGCGACCGCAAUAGGCCAAGGUGUAUAUUUCGCCGUUAAUGCAAACUAUUCAGACCAAGGAACUUACACGCCACCAGGUAGUGACGGAAACAAAAGAAUGUAUCGGUGUUUGGUACUGACGGGAAAAUAUUGCAACGGAACAAGCGACAUGCGAGUACCACCAGCAAUUGAUAAAUCCAAGCCGCACAUUCUCUAUGAUUCUGUCACCAACAAUACUGGAAGUCCGGCCAUGUAUGUCGUCUUCAAUGACACACAGGCAUACCCGGAACAUCUUAUUACUUACAGAUAGGCUUAAUGUUUUGUUUGCUCUAUUCACAAACUGUGAUCCAAGGACAGAACAAUUUUGAUGCUUUAGCAGUCGUGUAAAACAUCAGAUUCAGUUGUGUAAUGUUAUAGGACAAUGAAAUUUAUUUGUCAGUAUAUCUUCCUUUCAGUCUCGUUAUUGUUAGAUGAUUAUAUGAAAUAUGUUCGUUGUUUGCAAUUCAUGCAUAAUAUACACUGAGCUUCGGAAUAUCAAGAAAACAUAAUUUCCAGCAUAUUUUAAUCACAUGAUUAAUUAUGUGUUUGGUUUACUAAGAAAGUGGUAAAAAUGUAUUGUUCUUUUACUUCAGCUUCUGGAUGUGUUUGCUUGUUGUCGUCUUUUGUAGCAUAAUGUUUGAAAACAAUGAAUGGAUGUUUUGUAGCAAAUACCAAAGUCAUUUCCCGUUCUACUUUCAUAAUUAUUUACGUUGUUGUGUUAUGUGUAACCAUGAAAAAACAGUUUGUAUGUCUGCGGAAAGUUCAGAUCUUAUCCGAAUGCCUCUCAUGAUACUGCUGAUAAACUAAAUGCAGUGGUACUUCUGAUCAGAUUAAACUGCAGUAUAUGCAAUAUGCACUUAGAUGAUGUAUAUAAGCUUGCGUGUAUCAUAAGCUACAAGAAAGGAUGAUAAAAAUUGUAUAAUAGUGUCAAUAUUUGGCUUAAACAACUUCCUUUGAACUAAUUACACAUGCGUAUUUCAAUUUCAUUGAAAAAUGAAAGGGUAUAAUAUGAUACCCGAUAAAGGCGUACACAGGAUUCAUAUAUUUUAUCUUUGAAUAUUUGUCUUUUGUAAUAUCAUCUCACAUUUUAGAAAUUUAUUUUUGAAAUCUUGUGAGAAUCAAUUAUUAUCUCUUCGUAAACAAAUAGUUAAUCGUAAUUACCUGUAUCUGAUGAUAACCUGUUUGUAGCUUGGCAGUUAAAUACUGAUGUGUCUCUUACAAGCUUCUGAGGAAAAUAUAUUUCGUUAUAUAAAGUAAAAUUGUACUAAAAGCUGAUACAUUUUGUUAAUCUAAUUCGACAGCUUUUAUAUUAUUUCGCCAGUUCUUCUGACUAAUAAAAGUUCAAGAUUAUCUUCUUGGUUGAAUAUAAAAGUACGUACAGAGGCAAGCAACAUGUAUGGCAUUCAGCUUUUCCGUCUUAAAAAUCUUAUAAAAUAGAAAAAGUGGAAACUUCACAGGCCGCUCAACACGACAAAAACGAAAAUGUUGAAUUCUCGGUUUGAUUGAGCCUGUUCAUGGACGGUAGUGGAAAUGCAUGAAUCAAGUUUCUCCUGGCGGAAAGUGUUUACUAUGAUCAAAUUUUACGCAUGCUUGUUUGAUUAGUCGAGAUAAUUUGAGAAUUUUAUAUAUUGACUGCCUGGAUAUUGUUAUUAUUUUUGUGUCGAUUUUAAUUUUUAUAUAGCAUGAUGGCUAAGUGCAUACCCUAAAAUGUAUUCAGUUAUAGACUUGUAGUGAGGUAAUUAAGUAAUUUUGUUUACCUACCUGAAAGAACCUCGGACUACGUCGUCUCUCAGUAUCACUUCCAAGAUCAGUAGUACUACAUAGUACAUACUGACCUCAGCUACAGUUUAUAAUUGUAUGGUAUCUCCGAAUAAGCACAUUACCAUCAUUAACUACAAAAUUGCCCUUUUUAUCUCACCUGGAUUUUGUCAAGUGUGAGCUAUUAGUACAGAUGGAUGGUCCGUCAUCCAUCGUCCUGCGUUCGCCGUCCUGCGUCAAGACGUUUUGAUUGAACAUCUCUGAAAAACUAAUGGUCAGAAUUUCACCAAACAUGGUCAAAAGCAUUUAAGUAUAUACCACUAGCAUGUACCUCUUUCCAGUGUGGUCAGUUCAUUCCACUUUAUUGGCUGCCAGACCUAAAGAUAGUUAAACACUUGAAUAAACUCUUCUUAUGAACUACUUGAUAGAUCUUCACCAAAUGUGGUUUGUAGCAGUCUUGUAUGGACAUGCCUCUAGUUUCGUUCCUUCGAAUGGUUCUGCCUGGCCUCUAUUAGGGUCGCCUGUCUGAGAGCUAAAAUGGAAAAACAUGAUAACGUUUUCUUAUGAAUGACAUGAUGGAUCUUCAUCAAACUUCGUAUGUAGCAUCCUCGUAUCGUGCGCUCUUUUUUUUUAAUAUUUUGCAUUGAUCGAUUUAAGGCCAAAUUAAGGGGACUGCAACAACUAAAAUAUCAACUAAAAAUAGGAAACCAGUGAAACAGCAUCUUUUUGUGAACCACUUUGCUUGGUUUCUAGUGUCCUUGUAUAAUCUACUAGGUCCGUCAUAUCCUAAUAAGACCUUCUCUCAUAUGUUUUAAAGUGGUUCCACUUGGCACGCAGGCAUGGUUCCACUUGGCACGCAGGCAUACCGAAAAUAGUAAGAAGCGUUUAAACAGCUUCUUCACAAGAUCUGUAGGAUUGAUUAUCACCAAACUGCUCCUACAGCAUCCUUGCACAGACCUCUCUCAAAUUUGUUCUCAUGGUUCUAGCUUACCCUUCGCGCAACCAUUAUUAGCUCACCAGAGCACGAGGUGCUCAAGGUGAGCUAUUGUCCGACGUCCGUCGUCGUCCGUAGUGCGACGUGCGUCGUCCGUCUGCGUCAACAUUUGCAUUGUUAACACUCUAGAGGCCACAUUUGUGACCCAAUCUUUAUGACACUUAGUCAGAAUGUUUGUUUUGAUAAUCUCUAUGUCAAGUUUGAAACUGGGCCAUGUGGGUCAAAAACUAGGUCAGUAAGCCAGAUCAAAGGAAAAUUUUGAUAACACUCUAUAGAGUCCACAGUUUAAGUUGGAAACUCAUGAGAAUUGGUCAGCAUAUUUGUCUUAAUGACCUCUAGGUCAAGUUUGAACCUAGGUCAUGUGGGGUUAAAAACUAGGCCACCCGGUCACAUCAAAGGAAAAAUUCGUUAACACUCUAGAGGCCACAGUUGUAUCUAAUCUUUAUGAAACUUGGUCAGAAUGUUUGUAUAGAUGAUUUCUAGGUCAAGAUUGAAACUGGGUCAUGUAGGGUCAAAAACUAGGUCAGUAAGCCAGAUCAAAGGAAAAUCUUAUUAACACUCUAGAGUCCACAGUUUAAGUUUGAAACUCAAGAGAAUUGGUCAGCAUGUUUGUCUUGAUGACCUCUAGGCCAAGUUGGAAUCUGGGUCAUGAGGGUCAAAACCUUGGUCGUCCGGUCAAAUCAAAGGAAAAUCUUGUUAACACUCUAGAGGCCACAGUUGUAACCCAAUCUUUAUGAAACUUGGUCAGAAUGUUUUUAUAGAUGGUCUCUAGAUCAAGUUUUAAACUGGGUCAUGUGGGGUCAAAAACUAUGUCAGUAGACCAGAUCAAAAGAAAAUUUUGUUAACACUCUAGAGUCGACAGUUUAAGUUUGAAACUGAUGAGAAUUGGUCAGAAUGUUUGUCUUGAUGACCUAUAGGUCAAGUUUGAAUCUAGUUCAUGUGGGGUCAAAAACUAGGUCACCCGGUCAAAUCAAAGGAAAAAACUUGUUAACAGUUGUAACCCAAUCUUUAUGAAACUUGGUCAGAAUGUUUGUAUAGAUGAUCUCUGGUAGGUCUUGAGGGGUAAUAACUAGGUCAGUAGGCCAGAUCAAAGGAAAAUCUUGUUAACACUCAAGAGUCCACAGUUUAAGUUUGAAACUCAUGAGAAUUGGUCAGCAUGUUUGUCUUGAUGACCUUUAGGUCAAGUUGGAAUGUGGGUCAUGUGGGGAAAGAUACUAGGUCACCCGGUCAAAUCAAAGGAAAUACUAGGUCAAGUUUGAAACUGGGUCAUGUGAUAUCAAAAACUAGGUCAGUAGGCCAGAUCAACUUCGAUGAGCGAUAUAGGGCCAUCACGGCCCUCUUGUCUUUUAGUUUAGAUUAUUGAAUACCGGUAUCCCAAUAUCUAUAAACUGCAAAAUUAGUGUACCUGGGACCAUAUUUAUGAUGAUACGUAACUUGGAAACGAAUGUUUAGUUUCACCUUAUUUCGAAGUAAUAUAAUGUGAAUUUACAUAAAAUUUAUUAAAUCUUUCUUUUAAAAAUUG